UUUGAGUUGAAGCUCUACUUGUGGAUGCUUAUAAAUGACGUAAAGGCCGAUCACUUGUAGAAGAAGCAAAAGUAUCCACUAAUUACAAUGGCUCUUCUCCCACAAAAAGCUCGUCCUUCAUCUUCAUCUGUCAAAGCGUUGAAAAUGAUCUUAUGUAUAUUCCUCUCCCAUAACGUUGCUGCUGUAACACCUCCCAUAAAUGAAACAACUCGGGCAGUCUUUACUUUCGGAGAUUCAACACUAGAUACCAGCAAUAAUGACUACAUCAUUUGUAUAAUCAAAAGUAAUUUCUCACCUUAUGGGAGAGACUUUAUGGGAGGAAAGCCUAUCGGAAGAUUUAGCAAUGGAAGAGUCCCAUCAAACUUCAUUGGUGAAGGAUUUGGAUUGAAGAAGAUUUUGCCGGCUUAUCUGGAUCCGAAUUUGCAGCUUCAAGACCUACUUACUGGUGUAUGUUUUGCCUCAGCAGGUUUAGGAUAUGACCCUCUUACUGCCAAAUCACUGGUACACACACACACAUUAUCAGAUCAAUUAAACUUGUUCAAAGAAUACAAAAGCAAGAUAAACGCAGUAGUUAGGAAUGAAAGAACAGCCACUCUACUAUCAAAAAGCUUAUUUGUUCUUUCGAUAGGAAGCAAUGAACUUGCACUUAAUUAUUUUUCUACACCAUUGAGGAGGGCUCACUAUGAUAUUCCAGCUUAUACUGUCACGCCCCAAUUUUUAAACACAUUUUAA